AUGCAAGAAUUAAAAAUUUGCUUACUUCUUUCAUUGAUCGCGACAUCGCUUGCCGCUUCAUUUCCUGCUCAUGCAUCGCAAUGUUUAAGCGCCGAGGGCAAAAUUGGAAAAUGUAUCCCCAAGUCUUCGUGUCGCACGUACGAUCCCGAUGCACCAAUUCGUCGAGCGGAUAAUUGUAACUUUUUCACAUCGAGCCUCGUCUGUUGUUUGGAUUCUGAAGCUAAAGAUUUGCCGAUUUUAUUCCCAACUUCAGUGGAUAAUCGAUGGAGUUCGAAUCUUUUACCUGUUCCGGGAAGCGGUUCUUGCGGCAUUUCUACGUCAGAUAAGAUUUUUGGAGGAAUGGAGACCGGCAUUGACGAAUUUCCGUGGUUGGCGUUGCUGGAAUAUAAAAGAAAAGACGGCACGAAAUUUUUCGGAUGCGGCGGAGUUUUGAUCAACUCGAAAUACGUUUUAACAGCAGCUCAUUGUAUUCGUUCGGAUUAUACCCUAAAUCUCGUUCGCCUUGGUGAAUGGGACACAAGCACGACUCAUGAUUGCGACUACGAUGGAUGCGCAGAUCCCGUUCAAGACAUUAGCAUUCGACAAAUCAUCAUACAUCCGGAAUACAACAAAAAUGGCUCAAAUCAUCACGAUAUUGCACUUUUGCGAUUAACCAGACCUGCGAAAUUAAGUUAUUUCGUGAAACCGAUUUGUUUGCCGAUAUCCAACGAAUUGCGAGGAAAAACGAGAGAUGAGUCAACUAACUUUGUCGUAGCUGGAUGGGGUCGAACCGAGACAAAUUUCAAAAGCAACAAAAAAUUAAAGGUCGAUUUGAAGGGUUUUAAUCAACGGGAAUGUGCUCAAAAAUAUCGUCAACGCUACGGAAGUGAAAUAAAUGACAGUCAACUAUGUGCUGGAGGAGAAGAAGGCAAAGAUAGUUGUACAGGUGACAGUGGAGGUCCAUUAGUAGCUUCACACAAUGACGGCAGAGGCAGAAAUUUUUAUUAUUUAGCGGGACUAGUGAGUUACGGACCGUCAAAAUGCGGAACAAAAGGAGUUCCCGGAGUCUACACGCGAGUUUCGAAGUACAUUGAAUGGAUUGAAGCAAAUAUUAGAGAAUAA